ACAUAUAUCGGUGGACAUCGCAAUCGGCCCGUCUGUCUAUACAACUUUGUAGUCUGUAGUAAAUAGUCUGAACUUUCUGUAGUCUUUUAUUAUCUUUGCAGUCUUUGCAGUUUAUGGUGUGCACUCGAUAUCUAUAUUUACGAAAACAAUUAAGAUAAUUGUUGUUGUCCAUCCGUUCUAUUUAUUUUUCGUCACGGGUUGAAUACAAGCUGACGAGCCGAUGUUCAAUAACUGUCUUCACCACCUACACUUAAUAUUCAUUACUGUUCAUACUCGUCUUGCUAAUUCAAAGAAUUCUACACUUCAACAAAACAAGUAGCCGUACGUUGGUAGUUGAUACAGUAACGGCUGUUCAUCUCAAAUUGUUGACAACGACACUGAGUGAUAUACUGUUUUCAAACACAAUGCUUAAUCGCCAUUGAAUUGUGUGUGCAUGUGUUGUUGUUCCGUCUGCAGAUUCUGACAGCGUUUACGGAAUGAGGUAACCAUUAUCGGGGUAGCUAGUGUUGCCUACGUAAUUCUGUUGUGCCGUGCAUCUGGCACUCAUCACUCUGUCAUUGCUAGUCGCAAACAUGGAUCCUAGAGUGCAGCCUUCCAGCAAGUACUUCCCAGUUGCAAUGGCUGAUAAUGAAGAACCAUAUCCUAGUCUUUCUGAUUAUCAUGACUAUGAGCCAAACUUAGAAUUUGAUGAUACGGAACUUCAAAGUCCAACUGCCGAUAUUGAUUUGGAGAAAAGUUUAGCUAAUGUAAAUGGGACAGUUGGAACAUUAGAUUACAUGGAAUCUCCUGUUUCUGAUGGUACUAUUGAAGAAAAUUUUGAAGAAGAAUUAGUUAAUGCUCCUCAAGUUGAAGGCUUAACUUCUGUGAAUGAUACGGCAACAGGCAAUUUAUUGGAUGAUUUGGAAGCAGAUGAUUCUAAAGAAGAUGAAGACUUUAGUGAUGUUGCUGAAUGUGGUGUAGUUGAUGUAGUAGGUGAUGAUGCAGUUGGUCGUAAGAUUAUUGUUGUAUCAGCUUGCAAAUUACCAAGCAAUAAAGAAGUUGAUCAUCCAAGGCUUCUAAGGUAUCUAAUGUAUACUUUGGACAAAUUUGUAGAACAAGACUAUAGCUUGGUCUACUUUCAUUAUGGGUUGACGAGUAAAAAUAAACCAACGUUAUCAUGGCUAUGGCAAGCAUAUCGAGCAUUUGAUAGAAAAUACAAAAAAAACCUAAAGGCUUUGUAUUUAGUUCACCCUACUGGUUUUAUCAAAGUGGUUUGGCAACUUUUUAGAGCUGUUAUUAGUGCAAAAUUUGGUCGAAAAAUUAUGUAUGUUAACCAUUUACAAGAAUUGAAACUGUUCAUGGAUUUAGAUCAAUUAAUUAUUCCAGCGCCAGUUUUAGAUCAUGAUGAACAAUUAAUGAAAAAAUUAAAUAAAAAAAAAGUUUCAAUAGUUGAACAGGAAAUUGAACAAAAAUCUGAACCAUUACCAACUCAACAAUUUGGUGUUUCAUUACAGUUUAUUAAAGCAAACAACAAUGGAGAAAUAAUUCCUCCAUUGGUACAAAAGUGUGUUGAAUACUUAAGUCUACCAGAUGCCUUAGAAACUGAAGGAUUAUUUAGAAGAUCUGCAAACAUUAAUCAUUUAAGAGAUUUACAGAGUCGUAUCAAUCUAGGUGAACCUGUUGACUUUGGUAAUGAUGUACAUCUUGCAGCUGUUUUGUUAAAAACUUUUUUGCGAGAACUUGAAGAACCUUUAAUGACAUUUGAUUUGUUUGAUGAGAUUACACAAUUUCAAACACUCCCCAAAGACGAACGUCCUAGACAGGUGAAAAUUCUGAUAUUGGAAAAACUACCUCUUGAUAACUAUCAUUUACUCAAAUACCUCAUUCAAUUUUUAUCAAAAGUAAUGGAUAGAUGUGACCUGAAUAAAAUGACUUCAUCUAAUUUAGCAGUUGUUUUUGGUCCAAAUUUAGUACGCAGUCCAAAUAGUCAGUUAUCUUUAGCUGCGAUUGGCCCAAUUAAUGCUUUUACUGAUUUUGUACUAGUCAAUCAUGACCAAAUAUUCAUUAUAUGAUGACAGUUAAAACAUUUAAUAUAGUAUUCUGAAUGUAUUAUUUUGUGACAUGGUUUA